AUGACUUACUCUUCCUGACAUAUAUUCGUUUCACAUACACGACGUUGCCUUAUGCACGAUGAUACGUAUCAUCCAGCAUACUAUAUUUACCUACGGGACAGGAUCACUACUAGUAACUUACGACGACGAACACUCGCACUACAGACCUAUUUCGACGCGUCCGUUACACGUUAAAUUCAGAACUCUUCCGUGAUAUUUACCAUGAUUGAAGAAGCACACGACGACUCGGAUGCUUCCUUUGAACCCCCCAAGACCACCGCUCGCAAACGUAAAUCCACCAGCGGAGUUUCGACUUCCAAAAAGGCCAAAUUUGCGAGUUCAAGCUCAUCUGCGAGUAGUGGCGUCCUCAACAAACAAUAUUCCGAGCUCGCCUCAUCUGUGCUUGCCAAUGGCGCGAAUUUCUACACCAAAUCGGAAAAUCAGGACGCCGCGAGCGAUGCUGCUGUUACGCUAGCAGGUUACACCAAACAGUUGGAAGUGGCUUUGGGCGAAGCAUUGAAGUCAUCGGGAGGAAUUCCAGCAGCCGAGCCAAAGACAGGAGUUGAACUCACAGCGGCUGCAGGUAAAAUUAGGAAAGCAGCCGUCAGUGGUAUCAAGAAACAGAUGUCGUGGAAGCCCAGCUGCAAUGCCAAUUCAUCUAAAUGGUCAUACGAUGGCCUGUGCGCUGACAGGCAUGUCUUUGCUACUGUGCUGAGACUAGACGGUCCAAUCACAUGGAAGAUGAAGAAAUUCACCAAGGAUGAAUUUGAGAAUGCGCUCGGUAAUAUUACAGCAUCUGUAAGAUACGACACGCUCAGGAUCACCAGCGAUAUCAACGUGCGUUACAACUCUGAAUCAGGAGAAUUCAAGUUCAGCGGGUCAUAUGGUAGAGGAUAUUGAUUCAACUUGCUCGUGAAUCUAGCCAAGAAACUGUUCGCUACACAACAUAUUGACGUAUGCAUUUUGAUUCUCUUAUAUUCAUACCGCGUUUAAUGGUUUGUCUUCAACACCGAUACAGACAGCACAAGGAAAAGAUUGUUA